AUGGCGGAAUUAUUGCUAGAUUCUGCUAUUCGUGUUUGGGUAAUUUUGCCCAUUGUAAUAAUAACAUUUUUUGUUGGAAUAAUCCGACAUUAUCUUUCUAUUCUUCUACAGUCCAAUAAGAAGGUAGAACUGGAACAAGUUAGCGAUAGGUUUGUAUUAAAAUUCUUUUUUUCAAAUUCUAAAUAUCUAUAUGACUAUAUUUUGUAAAUGAUUCAAUCAUCAAUGAUUCAAUGAUAAUUUGUGGUGUUAGAACUCAUGUGAAUUAUUAUAUCGGACAAACUGAAAAAUUGGGCUACAGACCCCUUGCCUUGUUUACGUGGUCUGACAAACAAAAGUUUUUAAAAAUCUCCUAAGACAAUGCACCUAUCAAUGUUAAUCGGGGGUAAGGGUGCAGGCAAUGGGUGGGGAUUUAAUCGUAAAUUCUAUCCCAACAGACGGGCAUUUGUCAAAGAUUUUUUGCCCGGGUGCGGGCGAUUUGCCCUUCGAUCCAUAAUUCAACAUGCGAUUUCAGUACGAAGCCUGGAGCCUAGACUUUCCAAAGUCCUUUCCAGGCCCUUCUAUGGCGCGCUUCACUUCCUCUGUGGAAAGGACUUUUGUCACUUGCAGCGCACCAAAUCUCACCGGUGGAAAAAUCCACCGGUGACGUCAUUGUUUACAUUGAAGGCCGAAGCGGUUACAUUAUCGGUCAUUAUCGAAGGAGUCUAACAAUAAUACUAUAUUCUCAGGCUCUUUGUUGAACAAAUGUGUAUUAUUGAAGCAAAGAGAGUAAACAGUGUAAUUACAAUUUUGUAGAACACAAAAACCAUGUAAAAAUACACAAACAGACAUUAUAUAACUUAUAGUAUAAAGUACAGGGUGUAGAAAUAAACUUUAAUACUGCCACCGAAGAUGCAUCUGUUGAUUCUAAAAUUUCCACACUAGUUUCGGGUUUAGUUUGGAUUUCUUGAUCUCGAUUACUGAUUAUUACAAAUCGCUUGCUGAGAAAACAACGCAUAUUUUUACUGGAUUUUGAACUCUAGCGAGUAGCAAGGUCUUCUAGUUGAUCACAAUCGCUGCUUCUUGGUUUAAUACAGUUGUCUGAUUCUUUUCAAUUUAUAGAUUAACUUCUACUAGCUACGAUAAUAAAAUCGCUGGCGAACAGAGUCAGACUAUUCUUGUCGACAUAAUUACGGCACACAUUGCUUAAAUAGACAAACAACUGUGUCAAAGCUUCAAUAAGUUUUUACAUGCACUUGUUUUUGUUGAUACAUUGAACAGCUUUCGGCACUUACUUAACUUGGGUCAGUCAUUUUGUUUCCACACUUGGUGCGAACUGUUUCAUUCGACGACCAAGAAAUAUCAAUUCUAGUCUAGAGAAUGUUUUUGUUUUUGUAAACCCAUUGUCGGUGCGGUGAAGUAAUUGUAUGAAAUGUACACACUUUUAAUAUGUCAAAAUUAUUCGCGCCAAAAUUUUAAUGCGAUUGAAAAUUCCUGCAAGCGACACAAGUCGACCACUCGCGACUUCGUCCCUCGGGUCGCGCACUCCCUUCCCCAUGGUCGACUUGUGGCAAGUCUACCUGGAGCCUAGAAUCGAGAAAACCGCAAGUCUGGAAAUAUUCUGCUUCUGUCUUCUGGCCUUUUGGAAUUUGAAUACAGUACAUAGUCUGGUUUCUGGGGAUAAAAUUUAGGAUGCCCAGACGCUUUUUGUUGCUCUUUAUAUUAAAUGUUAAAAUAUUUUGCCUCGAUCUAUCCCCUGGGUGCGUCUGUUUUGAAACAUUUGAUUAUCUUAGAAUGCCCCACCAGUGGGCAUUUGACCCAAUUUUUUAUUUUCAGGUCAAAUCCCCACCCAUUGCCCGCACCCUUACCCCACGGGAUUAAUAUUGAUAGGUGCAUAACUUUGUUCAAUUCUUUGUAUAAUUGCAAUUUUCCUGCCAGCACAACAUAAACAAGGGGAGGGGACCAGGGCUUGAAUUUUAUUGCGGCAAUUGCCGUAGAGGUAGAACAAAAUGCCGUGGAUCAUUGUGGCAACGACAGCAAUUUUUUGCCAUAUAGUGCAAUUUUUAUACUAUUCACUGUGCAUUACUAUUUUGAUACUUGAAUUCAGAUGUAAAUCACCACUUUAGUCUCAGUUCCCUUCGAAAAGAAAAAAAAAACACUAAAGAAAUAUGUAAACAUGUUUCUAGCUUGUCAACAGUCCAAAGUAACAAUAAAAUUAAAUUUUAUUACAGUAAUUUUGAAAAAAUGCUGUGAAAAUUGCCAUAGACCGCUGUAACGUUCUACGGCAGUUUUUAAUGCCAUUGCCGUCAAUUGAUUUAAGGAAAAUUUGAGGCCUGGAGGGGACUAUUUCAUUUAAAAGACAUCCCCCCAAUUAAUUAGUAUUGUGGAGAACAACCUCUGCAUGCAUUGUUAACAUUAUUUUAUGCACAUGUCAACAGCCUGCCCAGGGGGUGGGGUACACCCCCGGGACAACCUGGGGAAAACAAGGGGGAAUUUGGUAUUUUAGCCACAUAUUCUGCCCUUGGGCCCCAGAGAAAUUGUGUACUUUGUAAUAUCUAAGGUAUAUAAUGUGAGGGGGGAGGGGGACUUUUUGUCGUGACAUUUUCAUAAAUGAAGUGCAAAGUCAGUAUCGCAGGCUCAAGGGAAAAAAACGGGCACAACAUUAAUUGCCUAAAUGUCUUCGGAAAACAAGUUGUGUAUUUUAUAUGUUUGAUAUUUAAUCUGUAUUAUUAUUACUGAUGUAUUGAGCAUCCAAUCCAUAUAUAUUUACUUUCUAUUGGCAAUGUACCCUGGUUCCAGAGGCUCUUUGCGAGGCGAAAGAAACAAGAGGCGAGAAGGAAGAUCUUCUGGUCACAUCGGUUGCAAAUCCCACUUCCACACUUGAUUAGGUUCAGAAUUUGAAUCUCGCAUGUGAUUGGCCAUUUGUAAAAAUAUGUCAAACCAGUUUGGGAAAUAAACAUUACUGUAAGCUAAUUAUAGCUAUUGUAGCACCUGGCUAUAAUAGCUAUAAUAUAGAUAUACUGUAUUAUUAACCCAUUAAGCUGCAAAGCUUCCCCAUUGACAAGUAAAAUUUUCUGGCGUUGGACAAAUAAAAAAAAAAUAAGCAGGGCGCACCGGGGUGCAUUGUGACUCAAUUGGUUAAACAUCAAUGUAUUCUAUAUUAAAUCAGAUAGAAUCAUAGAUACAUACAGUAUACACCUAUUUUGCCUUUAGUAAAAUUAUGUUUUGAAACUCUGCAAAACUUUGACCAUGAAAUGUAUUGUAUUCACUUCCUAAAGCACUGCAAUUUGCUUCAAAAUCUGAAACGCCUGAAAAAAUAUUUUGAUCACCUAAAAUUUGCAGGUUGAGAUUCAACAUAUUUUCUCAUCAAAUAAAAAACCUUUUGUUAGUCAUUAGUCAAACUACUGUGUUUUUUUACUUUAUGACAUAUGAUGAUUCCAGAUAUACUGUAUUUUUGUAGUUGCUAGGAUACCAGUUGCUUGGAUACCAAUUUAGAAGUCCUGGUAUCCUCAUUCCUCAAUGGAUACCAUGGGAAAAUUCUAAUUUUGAACCCUGGUUGACUGACUCAGCUCAGAUCUCUAUAACUUUGUGCAUUCUCUCCAAUAAUGACUAAUUAAAAGGGUUUUUGCAUAACUGGGAGUUUUGACUUUUUAACUUUCCAUCAAUGACUUUUGAAACUUCAAAUGAUUGGAGCUGGGUUUGUUCAGACUUUCAUGAACAACAAUGGAGUGAAUGGACCGAAAUCUAAUAGUUGUGCUUUACUCUUGAGAUUUUACUUGUAGGUGCACCAAGUAAUAAAUGUUUUAGUAGACUAAGAAUUAUAAAACAAAUUUUAUUCAAUAUCUUCUCUUUCUAAAAUGGGCCUACAAGAAACUUUUUUUCAUUUCUGUUGUGCCAUACCAGCGGUCUCAAUUUUAUUGAUCCCAGUGUUUGAAUCAGAGUAAAUUUUAGACUUGACUUUUUAUCCAUCAACUGCAGCGAAUCUAAAGGGAAGUAAUGCGCAGUCUUCAAAUAGUUAAAUAGGAAAGUCAUUUCCAUGUUUAUACCUUCCUUAGCCUGUCUUUAGAAAUAGUAUCGUCAAGAACAAAAUAUUAACUGGCAAUCUGAUCUCAUUAUGAGAAAUUAUACAUACCUAAUAACCCCUCGAAUAGUCGUCCUGUUGUUUAAACGUUUUAGUGCAAAGCAUCCUCAUACCAUUAAUACCCAACGCUUUCCCCUAAACAAGUAAAGUCAUCAGGGCAGUUAAAUAAUAUAAAUAAUGGGUUAAAUUUAAAGGGAAAUGGCAAUAUGUAUUUUUUAUUUUCUCAUUUGAAGACUAUAUAUAAUACUGUUUACCGUUUUUUUCAUAUCUUGCUUACUUCUACAAAUAUUUUGAUCGAAAGGAAUGAAAUGUCUGCCAUCUUCAUUUUUGUAGAUAUGCCUGUCACGUCACAACAGGGGUCACGCAAUAUUUUUAACUUAGACAACCACUAGUCAUUUUGCACUCAAAACUGUUCUUUGUCUGCCCUUCGAAAUAUCAAGAUCACUCAAAACCUUAAAAACAUCUACUGAACAAUAUUUGGUCAGCAACGAAUACUUUAAAUUUAUAUGGUUAAUCCCUGUUGUGACGUCACCAAAACUACCGUUAAUGAGAUACUUCAAGUGAAAAUAUUUCAAAAACUAAGCAAGAUAUGGAAAAUCGGUAAAAGAAGUUAAUAUAUAUAUAUUAUAUAGUUUCAAAAGUUCUUUCAAAUGAGAAAAUAAAAAUAUAUAUUGCCAUUCCCUUUGAAGGGAUAAGGACCACUGAGAAUUUCCUUGAACCAAUGGCAAGCUUUAGUAGUACAUUUAGUAGUAUAGUUUUACAUCCAAUACACUGCUAUCUUUAUUCACAAAUAAUAUAUUAUUUUAUUUUGGUUAUUGAAUGGUACCCAAAUAGAAUUAUCGUGCAAGUAUAGCUACGUAUAUUAUACAUAGUACUCUGUGUAUUAUAUUGAACUCUGAGAUCCAACGUGCAGGCUUGUUAGAAUUUUCAUCUUUAAGUGUUGCUCUUCUCUUAAUUUCUUUACAGUCAAGUAUUACUGAGAAGCAAGUUAUUAAGAGAGCAUGGUUCCUAUAUUCCUCAACAGGUAACUUUUUUGUUGUACUGUUCUCAUACAGUAUUUAUUUUGUAAAGUUUACACUACUUAUAAACAGUUAUAGAAACACGAUUUAAUAAUAACGUAUUUGAAAAUAACGUGAGAUUAUCAGCAAAUUGUCUGGGCCUUUGGGCCAGCUGUAGAAAAAAACCAUGGCAUUGAUUUCUUUGUAUUUUGAUCAUCAGGGCUUUCAAAUUAAGCCGGCGUGUGUUAUGAGGUUUACCACCGUCUACUUUCUUUAGAACAUAUAUACUUUAAAACAUACUUCAUGUGCUGUACUUAAUGGACCAUUUGCAUUAUAGACUAAAUUUUGAUCUAGUUAUUAACUAUGAUCUAGACAAGUCUAGACAAAAAUGUCAUCACAGCUUGAAAGAGCAUCACAACAUUAGUAAUAUUCCAAAGUUUCGUUGCGAAAUGUUGUAAAAUGCGGAUAAUAUAGCCUUGCGAAGUUUGCCGUUUUUCAGUCAUUUUGUAUUACGCACGGGAAAUUGACAGCCCAAUCGGGUGUUGGGGCAUCAAUUUCCCGUUUGUAAUACAAAAUGACUGAGAUUUGCAAAUUUCGCAAGGCUAUAUUAUCCGCAUUUUACAACAUUUCGCAACGAAACUUUGGAAUAUUACUAAUUUUGUGAUGAAAUUUUUGUCUAUAAUGCAAAUGGUCCAUUGUAUUAGAUGCAACACUGGAGCGACACAAGAACGGCAGUGAUUCAAAAGGCGUACCAAAUGCAAUGUUAUUGACAAGGUUGGGCGCAUUCGCCAGCGAAACCUAAAUAAAAUUCAAAAACAAAUAAGUCUAUUUUUUAAUUACAAGGGCUAAUCUAAUACUAGAACAAAUUUUAAAAAGUUGAGUUAGGUUUGGCACCUGAGUGCAUGGAGCGGCGUAUGAAGAACUUGUGUCGAUGUUUUGCCCCUCCGGAUUCUGCCGUACUUCAUUUUUUUCAUACGUCGCUCGUCUGUCGUGCGUAAUGGCUAAUUUGUCAAUUAAGUUCGGUACAUGAAAAGUACGCCACCUGAAACGGGCCUAAGCUUAUUUUGUUCAGUUAAUUGAUCAACCAAUAAUGUACAAAAAAAUAUGACAGCACUUCUAAUAAAAAAAUUGCUUCAUUAGUAAAAAUGUUCCUGCGUUGAGGACUACCGUUUACAUGCUCACCACAGCCACUUACUGAAAACGAUUAUGAAAGCCCUAUACCAUUACACUACAAAUAAUUUAUACUAGCUGCUUUACAGUACACCAACCUUUGUCCCACAUUAUAGUGAAAACAGUUUUCCUGUUGGUCACUUCAUAUUAUGCAAUCUGUGAACAGAACAAGACAUGCACUUUUUCCAGUAACCCAUUUAUUUAGCCCAACCAAGAUACCUAUAGAUCAUAAAAUUUCAUAUAAGCAUAAAUAAUAAUUUUUUUGACAGGCUUUUCAAAUGAGAAGACAUUUCUUUAAUGAUGAAGAAGAAGGGUUUUUUAAAACUCAAAAAAGAAAGGGAGCGGCAAAAAAUCCAAUGUCAGGUACCUUUACAUAUUUUGGUCAAUCCCAUCAUAGAUUAUUUCGAUUAUAUAAUUUGAAUAAAAUGACAUGAUUAUUGAAUAAUGUAUGGCUUGUAUAUUAUUUGCAGAUCCAACUAUGAUGGUGGAUAUGGCAAAAGGAAAUUUAACCAAUGUUUUACCAAUGAUCUUAAUCGGAGGAUGGAUUAACUGGCAUUUUUCAGGAUUUAUUACAAGUAAUUAUCUGUCAUCCCUUUAUGGUGUACAGUAAUUAACAUCAUGCUAGGAUCUUUCUGAUUGUUCUAAAAACCAUAAUUACAUUACAUUUGUUGACAGGCGUGAGUCACGUAGGUUAGGGUGAUAUAGUACAGUACAGUACAGUACAGUACAGUACAGUACAGUACAGUAUAAACCCCGCGGUAAAUAGUGACCAUUGGUUUUAGAAUAUUAAAGACAUUGGCCGAAAAAAAAGGAGGGCCAUUUAAAAAUAUUCGAAUUAGAGACACACGAUUACUUCAUCCUAUUACCAAAACCGUUGAUGCUUCCUCUCGCCCGAAAAAAACAACAACGCGUCUUGUUUUCGUGUCAAAACAUUCAGGAAUGAUGCAACUUUGCUAUUACAGUAACUGCUAAAAUGUCAAACUACAGUAUUAUUACCUAAAUUUCAACACAAUUUCCUGCAAACCAGUCAGUUGUCGCCGUUUUCAAAUUGUCGAUUUCACGACGUUAGGAAUGUAGUCGCUAGAAGAAGGAUCUGCAGUUUUAGUAAUAUACUUGAGCACUACAUUUAUGGACUCGGAAAACUCAUUGAGAUCUUUAUACGGCUAUAUCUGCAAAAUUACAAAGGCAGGGUCCUCAGUUAAAGCUGUGUAUCUCGGUAAAUUGCUAACUCUAAAAGCUACUUGGUGUUGUUUCUUGUGGGGUCUUGCAGUUUUAAAAAUUAAGUUAUUUUUGCAGUCGCCCUCAUAGUGUUGAUAGUGAAGGUUGUGGUUAGGGAAUGUGUUUGGUCAUGGAGAUGGUGUUGAUCAUUAUUGUCUUCAUGAUCAGAGAAAUAAUAUAAAGUUGAUUUGAUUUAAUUCAGUACUAAGGUAAAUGCAGUACUAAACGUUGUUUGUUUAUUUAAUUCAGCCAAAGUUCCAUUUCCUUUAACAAUCCGUUUCAAAGCAAUGCUUCAAAGAGGAAUUGAUCUGGCAUCUCUUAAUGCUUCAUGGUACGUAUCUUCCGGCAUAAAUCAUACUUCAUGUGUUUUCUGGCAAUUAGCGUGAGGCGGUUUCUACAAAAAGCCGGAAACCGACCAAAAAAAACGAGUGAACCGGGCUUUUAAAAAAUACGUUCGAAUAUCGAAACUACGGUAAAAAAAGACACACCACGCUACUCAGUACUCACGCAAGAUAUUAAACGUAAGGUAUUUUGAAGACGUUAAUAUCAAAGUUCAAACAAAAUCUCUUUAGUUUUUCGUGUGUAAAUGCCAAAACUUGAUUCAUUAACAGCAAACUCGUAUAAGUAUGGUUCGAUUUUAGUAAAAUACCUAUUUUUCAUCGAGUUUUGUUUUCCCCCGGUUUUUCGGUUUUCCAGUUUUUCUCCAAAAGUAACAUCGAGUAUUUCGGUUUUCAAAUGUGGGCAGGAGGAAUGUUUCAAACGCUUGGAUCUCUCGCAUAGAAACUGUUCUGGUAACUAACAGAAAGUUUAUGAUUACUUAACCCUAAAUCUUAAUAACCUGUUCACUGAAUCAACAAUAGCUUCCCAUUGAAACAUAGUGUGAUAUAACCACUAAGAACACACAGUUCCCAUGCUCAUACCAAGGUCUUUACCAGGCUACAAUCAUCAAUGGCUUCAUGAAACGUUAUCCGCAUGAUGUUGUUAAUUCUAUUGUAUCCGCAUGAUGUUGUUAAUUCUAUUACCUGUGCAUUAAAAUGUGGACAUAGCCUCCCCUCCCCCAGCCCCAUGUUGGCCCUUCCAGUAAACUAUGUUGCCCCAACCCCCAGCUAAGGUCCAUGAAUUCUUAAUUCAACUAAGUUUGAAGCACAUAUUUUGAAUAUGAAGUUAGCCCCUUAGAGUAUGGAGGUAUCGUUGCUGUAUGACCUUUGCAGCCAUGCCACGCCGGGGCGAAACGCCAAGCAGAUGAAAGAGUAUACAGUAGCUUCUCUCUGUAAAGACUGGUUAAAUCUAGAGAUAAGCCGAUAUAAAAAAGCCGGUUUCCGAUACCGAUUGUUCAAGAGACGAUAUACAGUACUAUAUACCCACCAUCGGCCGAUUGAUCGGCAAAACCGACUGUUGGUUUUCAUACUGUAAUGUUCAGUGUUUUACUUAAAUAUUGCUUGGCACUUUGUUUUUGAGCAAACGUUCGUCAGGCACAAGAAACCCAAAUCUUGAAAGGCUGAUUAUCUACAGCUAUCAACAAGGCUAUCAUCUCACCGAUGACAAUGAGGCAGGAGCACUAUUGAUAUCCCAACCAACGCGCACUUCGAAGCUCUCUUUGAGACUCAUCUGAUUGUUCAACUUUUUCCUCAUGCUGAUGGUAGUGUUUUCUUCUGCGUCGUCUUCUUUUUUUUUUGACUGAUCGAGCCGUCUCCUUGCUUGCUAGUUUAACGUACUUGUUGGGAUGUAGUGACUGCAGAUGACUUUUCAGAUUGGUUGUGAAAUUAUUUUUCUGCUUUCCACCUCGUGACGACAAAGAACGAGCACCGCUGCUUUUACAAAACAGACGUUCUGCCUUCGAUUCGUCUUUCUCAUCAAUUUUGAAAUAUUCCCAAACAAUAAUUUUGGAAUGACAAGGAGGAGACAGACACCGCUGACCGAUCAGAUAGUGAACGACAAUCGGCCGAUGGCCAUCAGUCACAGCCAAUGGCCGAUUGUGAUAAAAGUAGCCGCUAAUCGGCUCUGUCCAUGUUUUGCCGAUCAUCGGCUCAUCUCGAGUUAAAUUAAUUCGUUCGAAACGUAUCGCAAUGGUCUGUUGUGGCAUUUUAAUUUUUACCAAAUACUUCUGCUCUCGUGUGUAAGGCCAAAAUUCUGCUCACUAAAUUCCGCUUUCUUAGUUACGUUCUUUUAAUUUAUUAGCGUGUUUUGAUGGCGUAUGUAUUCAGUGAUUACUCCGGUACGGUAAAGUGUAAAAUUUCCGAUAAUUUUGUUAAGAAUAUUUUUACAAAUGAAAAAUCCCCUAAAAUAUCACUCUCAAUUACGAAAUUAUCAAUUCCCCAAACAUAUAUAUGUUAGGUAUGUUAUUAUACGUAAUAUAAGCUUCAAUAUGAAACUAAACUGCCUUUAUUUAUCGAAAAACUUUGAGUUUGAAAUAAAAUUAUUUCAAAUUCUCGCAUUCAAACAACUUUGCUUUCUUUUUUAUUUAAACAUUUUAAUGCUAAUGAUUUCGUUUCCCCGGAUGUAAAUAGCCGGGCGGAAUUAGUACCCUCGCCCCGGGCUUAUGCCCGGAACGGCGUUCCGCGCCGUUGGCUCGGGGAUAAAAUACUUUUCCAAUAAAUUGGAGGAUUAAAAAUUUCAAUAAAUGAUUUCUUCCGUUUUCGUGCUCGCUGAAUUCGUAAAUCCAUUCACUCCGUUUUCUAAGCUGUGUAAAUCAAAAUAGCAAGUUGUCAUGAAGAUGUAGACUGGCGAUCGACAAAGAACACAGCGCUGUAGAACGAAGUCGCCAUAUGUUCUUCACAAUUUCUUCACGAAAGAUGUCGUGUUUAGGGACUGGUCAUAAAGUAACUGCUAGGGUGGGCUGGAGGUAAAUCACAAAUUUUGCCAAUAAGUUUGGUGACCCAUCUUAAGAUGUAGAUAAAAAUUUCUAAGUCCAUCUAAUCUUACAAAACAUUUUUCAUGGCCCACCCAAUCUAAUUUGGGAAAAUACACUUUUAUAAUAAAAGAAAAUUUGUAGGUAUGAACAUUUUAAUUAUGCACGGCACUGUAUUGACAUACAUAAUUCCACCAAGCUUGACCAACACAUUGAUACUGAAUUUAUACUGUUGUAUAAACAAAGUACUGGCUUCAAUAGCAUCAUUUGCAUUUGAUAAUUUGGAUAGUUUUGUUUACUUGUAUUAUUAGUAUUUUUAUUUUUUGAAGUAGACAUGCAUGGGCUUUUUUGUUUGGUGGCCCAACCGUGGACAUACAAAAAAAUUGGUGGCCCAUCGAAACUGCCCAAAGAUUUUCCAUGCCCCAUCCCAAAUCACUCCAGCCCACCCUAGCAGUUACUUUAUGACUGGUCCCUUAGUUGCGAAGGACGAGAAAUUCUUCGCACAUAAAUAUGUCCUCACAUUUAUUAUUAGUAUUAUUAUUCAUUAAAACUUCAUUUAAACACGAAAUUCACUCACAAAAUGUGCUCGUCCAUGGAGCCGUGUAGAAUAGAUGUUUACAAAGUAUUUAAUGUUUCAAAAAUUAACUGUAAAGUCUGUAAUAAUAUACUAACUAUGAUGAUUGCCUUAAAAUGUUUUUGAAAGUUGCUACAGAUGUUGCAUUGAUUGCUUCAACAGGUAGGCUAUUCACAGGACAGAUCCUUUGUACGUAAAACUUUUCUUGAGUGACUCAGUCAAAGGUCUUGGGAGAAUAAUUUGCUAUGUAUGCGUGGAGGGGGCGAUGGGAAGUAAGGUAUCAUAUUGCUGAUUAUGCUGAAAAAAUUAAAAUGGCGACCGUGUAAACACGGAGUGACAGCUUAUAUACUUGUAAAUAUUGUAAUAUUUCGGCAGUUUUUAUUGAAAAUUUUCAGCAUAAUCAGAAAUAUGAUACCUUACUUACCGUCUUCCCCUGCGCGCAUAAUUUAAAAGCUGAAAUUGCCUAUUAGCUGGAGUAAAUUUGUUUGAAAGAUGUAGUGUAGUGCUGUACUUUGUGCAAUAUUUCAACAUAAAACAACUGAAUUCGUCCCAGAUGAAGUCGCCAUGAAACGUUUUAUGGGGUGAAUUAACUGAAAAGAAUUCACCGAUACUACGACGAAAGUCUGGAAAAGUUUCUAAAAUUUCUUUGCACGGACGAAUGUAGUUUAACAACAGAUAAUGCAGUGUUGGGAUGUUGUUGUUGAUAGUAUAAUACCUUUUUCGUUCUACGUUUCAGGGUCAGUUCAGUCUCAUGGUAUUUUAUCAAUGUUUUUGGUCUGCGUAGCAUGUAUUCACUUGUAUUGGGUGAAAAUAAUGGUAAGGAUAUAUUAGAAUUUAGACACUGAGAAUAGACCUUCCCCCUUAUGAGUGAAACUUUGAUCUAGAUAUGCCUGGACAAAAAUUUCAUCACAGCUUGAAAGAGCAUCACAAAAUUAGUAAUAUUCCAAAGUUUCGUUGCGAAAUGUUGUAAAAUGCGGACAAUAUAGCUUGCGAAGUUUGCCGUUUUUCAGUCAUUUUGCAUUACAAACGGAUCAUCAAUUUCCCAUUUGUAAUACAAAAUGACUGAAAAACGGCAAACUUCGCAAGGCUAUAUUAUCCGCAAUUUACAUCAUUUCGCAACGAAACUUCGGAAUAUUACUAAUUUUGUGAUGCUCUUUCAACCUGUGAUGAAAUUUUUGUUCAGACUUGUCUAGAUCAAAAUUUCACUCAAAAGGGGAAAGGUCUAUUUAUAUAGGGUGUAUUUUUGUCAGGUCCGCGUACUAGAUUUACCACAUCUUAAGCUCUCUAAUGUCUCAUAUACGAAAACGAGGUUAUAUAGCCACUGUAGUUAUCCAUAUUCUGAUUACACCUCAUGUGUCAACUUAAUGUGGAUCGUGACUAAAACACCACAUGAGUACAUACGAGUAACACACAAGAACAUACGAGUAACGUACGAGUAACAUACGAGUAACAUACGAGUAAAACACAAGUACAUACGAGUAAAAUACGAGCAGUAAACUUGUUUUUUAGUGUUUGUAGAUUGA